UUUUUUUUUUUCCUCAUCAUCAGUCUCCACCACUUCUGUUCUUUCCCUCCUUUCUUCACCUCAUCUUCCAUCCUCAUCUCUUACGACUCCAACUCAUGUCAAAGUUCAUCAAGAGCGUUCUCGCUCUGGUCACUGUGGCAUUGGUCUGCAUGGUCGCUAUUACGACCGUCAAAGCCGAUGCUGACGAGACCCGCGAGUCCUAUGGCACUGUCAUUGGUAUCGAUCUUGGAACCACCUACUCCUGUGUCGGCGUCUACAAGAAUGGACGCGUUGAAAUUAUCGCCAAUGAUCAAGGUCAUCGUAUCACUCCCUCCUAUGUCGCAUUCACUGAGGACGAGCGUCUUGUCGGAGAUGCCGCCAAGAAUCAGUACGCUGCCAACCCCACCAACACAAUUUUUGAUGCCAAACGUCUGAUUGGUCGCCGUUUCGAUGAUAAGGAUGUCCAGAAUGAUAUUAAGCACUUCCCAUUCAAAGUCAAGAGCAAAGGUGGCGCUCCUGUCAUCCAGGUCGAGGUCAAAGGAGAGCCAAAGACCUUCACGCCUGAGGAGAUUUCCGCUAUGGUUUUGGGCAAGAUGAAGGAGAUUGCCGAAGCCUUCCUUUCCAAGAAGGUUACCCACGCCGUCGUCACUGUCCCCGCCUACUUCAACGACGCUCAGCGUCAGGCUACUAAGGAUGCCGGUGCUAUUGCUGGCUUGAACGUCCUCCGUAUUGUCAACGAACCCACCGCCGCCGCAAUCGCUUACGGUUUGGACAAGAAGGAUGGUGAGCGCACUAUUCUCGUCUAUGAUCUUGGUGGUGGUACUUUUGAUGUCUCUCUUUUGUCGAUCGACGACGGUGUCUUUGAAGUUCUCGCCACGUCUGGUGACACUCACUUGGGAGGAGAGGAUUUCGACCAGCGUGUUAUUGAUCACUUUGUCAAGCAAUACAAGAAGAAGAACGGCAAGGAUAUCACCAAGGAUCUCAAGACCAUGGGCAAGCUCAAGCGUGAGGUUGAGAAGGCCAAGCGCACUCUUUCUUCCCAGAUGUCUGUCCGUAUUGAGAUUGAUUCUUUCCAUGAAGGUAAUGACUUUUCCGAGACCUUGACCCGCGCCAAGUUUGAGGAGCUCAACAUGGAUUUGUUCAAGAACACAAUCAAGCCUGUCGAGCAAGUCCUCAAGGAUGCCGGCCUCGAAAAGAGCGAUAUUCAUGACAUUGUCCUCGUUGGUGGUUCUACUCGUAUCCCCAAGGUCAUCUCUCUUAUUGAGGACUUCUUUGGUGGUAAGAAGGCAUCCAAGGGUAUUAAUCCUGAUGAAGCUGUCGCUUAUGGUGCCGCUGUUCAGGGUGGUGUCCUCUCUGGUGAGUCUGCCGCUGAUUCCGUCCUUCUUUUGGAUGUCAACCCGUUGACCCUCGGAAUUGAAACCACUGGAGGUGGCCGCCUUUCUGACGAGGAAAUUGAACGCAUGAUCAAGGAGGCUGAGCAGUUUGCCAGCGAGGAUCAGGCAAUCAAGGAACGUGUUGAAGCCAAGAACGUUCUCGAGAACUACCUUUACUCUGUCAAGAACCAGGUCACUGAUGACUCUCAGUUGGGAGCUAAGAUUGACGCUGAUGAUAAGAAGACCAUCUUGGAUGCCAUUGCCACCAAGAUCUCGUGGCUUGAGUCCGAGGGUGCCUCUGCCACUAAGGAGGAGCUUGAUGAGAAGAAGGAGGAGAUUGAGGCCAUUGUUAACCCCAUCACCUCUAAGCUCUACGGCUCCUCCGGCGGCUCCGGCACUCCUCCUAGUGAGGAGAUGCCUUCGCACGACGAGCUUUAAAAAAAAUGCAUUCUCUCCCUCGGGCAGAUUCUUUUUUCUUUAUCGUAAAAUAAUAUUUUUGCCAGCUCAUUCUUUUUUUUUCUGCUUGUACAGUAAUCAAAUCCCCAAUAAAGUAAAGAAAAAAAUCUUUUUGAAAAAAACCAUAGCCUUGAAACUACA